UGUGUAAGCAUGCAACGUCCGUAUGCUCGCCGGUAUUUGCGUCCGAAUAACAUGCACGAAACUUCCUAUGGCGAUUUUGAAUACGUGGUAACGAAAAAGGAGCCACCGCGCAUAUGCUUCGGUACCGGACUGGCCCGAGAAACGCUUCCCACGGAAGGCCCGUGUAUGAGUCCUUUCAUGAGGCUUUUGACGAAGAAAGGAAGACCCAACAUAGGCCCUACGACUUAUAACGGCAACCGCGAUGCGUUCUACGAUGUAACUCAUAGGAUUUACAGCAAAUACGGUCUCGGACCAAGAGAACCACGGUUUCAUUCACGCCAUGAGUACCAGCCACCUCCACGCGAGCCUCCGCCUAAGAAACCUUUCCCUCAGAACUGUGCGCCAUUCAACCAAACCGGACAGAGAAAGGGAAUCUUCAAAGCUAAUCCCUAUCCUUCACCCUGUGAUUACUGUCCGGAGUUUAAGAAGAGACAGAUAAAAUUUGCAUAUAGUUUUACUGGGAAGAAAGUUUUACGCUGCCCCGUUAUGAUCAAAUGUGUACCCUAUAACUUGGAUGCCUGCGGGUAUUGUGGAUGCUCGUGUUCUGCACAAGGGGACUAUUGGCAAUUUGAGAAUCGAAUCUUCCUCUGCAGAGAACAUUAUGCACAGUUGUUCAAACAUUGUCUAUCCAAAUUCCAAGGCGCGAAGUUAGCUGAAUUUAAGUCUGUACGGGAUUGUUUCUUUGCCCACGCACACAACAGCUGCAAAGCAGCGUUAAAAAUAAUGACAAAUGAAGAAAUACAGAAAAAGCUGAGAAAAGAAGCAUACCUCGAUCUUUACUUUCCGCAGCGGCGUUUCUGCGAAAGUGCCAACGACUGACACGACUUAUUCUAUAUUAUAGUUAUUUUAUAUGGACAUUUCUUU